AUGAGCGUUCGAUUGCGUUUAGAACCAGUUAUCGUGCGCUUCAAAACUGGCUAUCAAUGGCUCCGAGUCGUUCAUGCAUUAUUUAAAGGAGCGGAAAAAGUCGAAAUUGCCCGUUGCAGCUACAGACGGUUAGUCGCAGCGGAGGCUAAACCAACUCUGGUCUCAAUUGGUACAGCGACAGAAGAAGUGCAGAAAGUGGAAACUGCAGCUGGUGAAACAGUACAAUUCUGUAGUAUCGGAACGGAGACACAAACACCUUACACCGUCGAAUUCGGUGUAGAUGCGCUACGUAUCGAUGUGCAUAGCGUGGAAUGUCAAACCAGUCCGGCUACAACGGCGGAAGUGGGCGUGGAUGUGGAGCCGAUCAUGGCUGAUGCUGAAUGUCAAACCAGUCCGGCUACAAUGGCGGAAGUGGGCGUGGAUGCGGAGCCGAUCAUGGCUGAUGCUGUUUUACAAACCGAUGAACAUGCACGAGCACACUUUGGCGUGAACACGGACAAAGAAAAACUGAAAGAAGUGGAGACAACUGAACAAUCAACGGCAACGGAAGUGUUUGAAAAAGCGGCAAGUGUGGAUCGAGAGACUAUGACAACUCGUAUCUACUAUCGUAAUAUCCCCAUACAAACCGAUACUCCAGAAGAGGAAGAAGCUCAAGAGGUAAUUGUACCCGACUCAUGUGCCAACACUGCCUCAAGCGAUGCUGAAUGUCAGACAGAAACAGUCAUCGCUCCAGAUUCUAACGUGGAGUCGAUAGCAUCUGACGAUAUCACAGGGGAUACAGCGGUUAUAGAAUGUGCUCGAUGUCGACUUCGAGAAGAAACGUUUACUCGAAACGUUGGAGUCGGAGCUUGUGCCAUUUCAGAUAAGGUGUGUAUAGAAUGCGAUAAGGCAACACCGGAUGAGGUGGAUGAGAAUGAUGCGCCUGGUUUCAAGCCCGAUAAGGACGAUGUGCGUACAAAAGAAUUCGACCUAGCCAGAGUAACAGCCAUAAAAAAACUGCUAACAUCGGAGCAAAAGCAACCAUUUGUGAGAGGAACUGCUAUCUCUAGAAGUGCUCGCUUGGAAAGAAACAAAGGCGAUGAUUUGGAGUAUAUUGCUGAGAAGAACAAG